GUAUUCCCACGACAUCAGGUGUGCCCAUUAGAGUGCUCCUUUACAUCAGUUGUCCCCAUCAGAGUGCCCCUUUACAUCAGGUAUCCACCUCAUAUUGCCAGCUUACAUCAGGUAUUCCCAUCAGCAGUGCCCCAUUACAUCAUAUUCCCCAUCAGAGUGCCCCUUUUCACAGUAUGUGCCCAUUUGUGCCCCCUUAACAUAAAAUGGGCCCGUCAGAGUGCCCUUAACAUGAAAUGUGCUUAUCAAAGUGUCCCUUAACAUAAAAUGUGCCUGUCAGAGUGCCUCCUAACAUAAAAUGAGGAGCAUGCUGAUGGGCACAUUUUAUGUUAAGGGACACUCUGAUGGGCACAUUUAUAUUAAGGGGCACUCUGAUGGAUACAUUUUAUGUUAAGGGACACUGUGAUGGGCACAUUCUAUUUUGUGCUCAUCAGAGUGCACCUUAACAUUA